GACGCCAUUUCCCACAAUGCUCUGGGGCGUGCCGCCGCCGUCGCCGCCGCCGCCUCCGCUACGGCUAGUGGAAGAAGAUGGCGGAAGGCGGAGCGGCGGAUCUGGACACUCAGCGUUCUGACAUCGCGACGCUGCUCAAGACCUCGCUGCGGAAAGGGGACACUUGGUAUCUGGUAGAUAGUCGUUGGUUUAAACAGUGGAAAAAAUAUGUUGGCUUUGACAGUUGGGACAAAUACCAGAUGGGAGAGCAAAAUGUAUAUCCUGGACCCAUUGAUAACUCUGGACUUCUCAAAGAUGGUGAUGCCCAGUCACUUAAAGAGCAUCUUAUUGAUGAAUUGGAUUACAUACUAUUGCCAACCGAGGGCUGGAAUAAACUUGUCAGCUGGUAUACAUUGAUGGAAGGUCAGGAGCCAAUAGCAAGAAAGGUGGUUGAACAGGGUAUGUUUGUGAAACAUUGCAAAGUAGAAGUAUACCUCACAGAAUUGAAGCUGUGUGAAAAUGGAAAUAUGAACAAUGUUGUAACUCGAAGAUUUAGCAAAGCUGACACCAUAGAUACAAUUGAAAAGGAAAUAAGAAAAAUCUUCAAUAUUCCAGAUGAAAAGGAGACUAGAUUGUGGAACAAAUACAUGAGUAAUACAUUUGAACCACUGAAUAAACCAGACAGCACCAUUCAAGAUGCUGGCCUAUACCAAGGACAGGUGUUAGUGAUAGAACAAAAAAAUGAAGAUGGAACGUGGCCAAGGGGUCCUUCUACUCCUAAGUCCCCAGGUGCAUCCAAUUUUUCAACUUUACCAAAGAUCUCUCCUUCAUCUCUAUCAAAUAAUUAUAACAACAUCAACAACAGAAAUGUGAAAAACUCAAAUUAUUGUCUCCCAUCAUAUACUGCUUAUAAGAAUUAUGAUUAUUCAGAACCUGGAAGAAACAAUGAACAGCCAGGCCUUUGUGGCCUAAGUAACUUGGGAAAUACAUGUUUCAUGAAUUCAGCUAUUCAGUGUUUGAGCAACACACCUCCACUUACUGAAUAUUUCCUCAAUGAUAAGUAUCAAGAAGAACUGAAUUUUGACAAUCCCUUAGGAAUGAGAGGUGAAAUAGCUAAAUCAUAUGCUGAACUGAUCAAGCAAAUGUGGUCUGGAAAGUUUAGCUACGUCACUCCAAGAGCAUUUAAGACGCAAGUAGGACGUUUUGCACCUCAGUUCUCUGGAUAUCAGCAGCAAGACUGUCAAGAACUAUUAGCUUUCCUAUUGGACGGACUACAUGAAGAUUUAAAUAGAAUUAGGAAAAAACCAUAUAUCCAGUUAAAAGAUGCUGAUGGAAGGCCAGAUAAGGUGGUUGCUGAAGAAGCCUGGGAAAACCAUUUAAAAAGAAAUGAUUCUAUCAUUGUGGACAUAUUUCAUGGCCUUUUUAAGUCAACUUUAGUUUGUCCAGAAUGUGCGAAGAUUUCAGUAACAUUUGAUCCUUUUUGUUAUUUGACGCUUCCAUUGCCCAUGAAAAAAGAACGGACCUUGGAAGUGUAUUUAGUUAGAAUGGACCCCCUUACUAAACCUAUGCAGUACAAAGUGGUUGUCCCUAAAAUUGGAAAUAUACUAGAUCUUUGUACGGCAUUAUCUGUUUUGUCAGGAGUACCAUCAGAUAAGAUGAUAGUUACUGAUAUAUACAAUCAUAGAUUUCACAGGAUAUUUGCGAUGGAUGAAAAUCUUAGUAGUAUCAUGGAACGGGAUGAUAUUUAUGUCUUUGAAAUUAACAUCAAUAGGACAGAAGAUACUGAACAUGUGGUUAUUCCUGUUUGCCUAAGAGAAAAAUUCAGACACUCAAGUUAUACCCAUCAUACUGGUUCUUCACUUUUUGGCCAACCUUUUCUUAUGGCUGUACCACGAAACAAUACUGAAGAUAAACUUUAUAAUCUCCUGCUUUUGAGAAUGUGCCGGUAUGUCAAAAUAUCUACUGAAACUGAAGAAACUGAAGGAUCCCUGCAUUGCUGUAAGGACCAAAAUAUUAAUGGAAAUGGCCCAAAUGGCAUACAUGAAGAAGGCUCACCAAGUGAAAUGGAAACAGAUGAACCAGAUGAUGAAUCCAGCCAAGAUCAAGAACUUCCCUCAGAGAAUGAAAACAGUCAGUCUGAAGACUCAGUAGGAGGAGAUAAUGAUUCUGAAAAUGGAUUGUGUACUGAAGAUACUUGCAAAGGUCAAUUCACGGGACACAAAAAGCGAUUGUUUACAUUCCAGUUCAACAACUUAGGCAAUACUGAUAUCAGUUACAUCAAGGAUGAUACCAGGCAUAUAAGAUUUGAUGAUAGGCAGCUUAGGCUAGAUGAAAGAUCUUUUCUUGCCUUGGAUUGGGAUCCUGAUUUGAAAAAAAGAUACUUUGAUGAAAAUGCUGCUGAGGAUUUUGAAAAACAUGAAAGUGUGGAAUAUAAACCUCCUAAAAAGCCUUUUGUGAAGUUAAAAGAUUGCAUUGAGCUUUUUACAACAAAAGAAAAGCUAGGUGCUGAAGAUCCCUGGUAUUGUCCAAAUUGUAAAGAACAUCAGCAAGCCACAAAAAAAUUGGAUUUAUGGUCACUGCCUCCAGUACUUGUGGUACAUCUCAAGCGAUUUUCUUAUAGUCGAUACAUGAGAGACAAAUUAGAUACUUUAGUUGAUUUUCCUGUCAAUGAUUUGGAUAUGUCAGAAUUCCUCAUUAAUCCAAAUGCAGGUCCCUGCCGCUAUAAUUUGAUUGCUGUUUCUAACCACUAUGGAGGGAUGGGAGGAGGCCAUUAUACUGCUUUUGCAAAAAAUAAAGAUGAUGGAAAAUGGUACUAUUUUGAUGACAGUAGUGUCUCCACUGCAUCUGUAGACCAAAUUGUGUCCAAAGCAGCAUACGUUCUCUUCUACCAGAGACAAGACACUUUCAGUGGAACUGGCUUUUUUCCUCUUGACCGAGAACCUAAAGGUGCUUCAGCUGCCACAGGCAUCCCCUUAGAAAGUGAUGAAGAUAGCAAUGAUAAUGACAAUGAUAUAGAAAAUGAAAACUGUAUGCACACUAAUUAAUGAGAGCCCUAGAAGCCAUAAAAGAGAGACUUUCCUGCUGGUGGUAUCUAUGGAAAACAAGUUACCCACCACAUUAAAACAAAAGUCUGAGAUGGGGAGUUUCAGAUAACUGAAUGUAAAUCCUUUAUCAGAUUUUAACUUGUGCAGUACUUGAAGUGAAACACAAUGAAAACUUUAACAGAAAUUGUCUCUUAAUACAUUUACAGUCUUGUAUUUACAAGCUAAAUAUAUAUAGGAAAUCACAAAUAAAUCCCUUUUAAGUUUG